CAGCUGAUCUGUCAAAGUCAUUUGCAAACAGAUUAUCAUUGAGUCAUCAAUAUACUUCGUCAUUGAAUAUUUAGCGUCAUUGGCCUAUUGAACACGUUAUCUUGAUCUCGCCUAUAACUUUUGAUCAUUUGUGAACCUUAACAAGCAUUUUUACUGUUGAUGGAAGAUGGCUAACAGCAAUUUCGGCACGUCAUCCUACCAAGCCGGCCGUGAAGGCGACUUCUCAAAGUUGUCUCAACAAAUCGGAACGAAUAUACAGAAAAUUUCUCAAAAUGCAUCGUCUAUGCAAAGAAUAGUCGUUCAACUGGGAACCCCAGCUGAUAAUCAACAACUUAGAAACCAAUUGCAUCAAAUUCAGCAUUACACUGGCCAGUUGGCCAAAGACACCAGCAAAUCAUUGAAAGAUUUGGGUGCUAUUUCUCUACAGUCAUCGGAACAGAGGGUCUUCAAACUCCAACGAGAAAGGCUUUUGAAUGACUUUACAGCUGCAUUAAACAGUUUUCAGAGCUUGCAGAGAGAAGCUGCUCAACGUGAAAAAGAUGAGGUCAAAAGAGUUAGAACUGCUUCGAUCCUCAACCCUCCAGAGAGCUCAAAGGAGGCCUUGGUUGUACUUGAUGAGACCAAAUCUCAACAUUUCCAAUCGUCGCAGCAGCGCCAGAUGCAAAUGCAAGAAGAGGAGGUAGACAUUCAAGCUCUUGUUGAACGCGAAAGAGCUAUUCGCCAAUUGGAGUCUGAUAUCGUUGACGUCAAUACCAUCUUCAAAGAAUUGGCUACGAUGGUCCACGAACAAGGUGAAAUGAUUGACAGUAUUGAAGCUAAUGUUGAAACUGCCCAAAUGCGCGUUGAAGAAGGUACUAGCCAAUUGGCCACUGCUGCAUCUUAUCAGACAAGAAUACGUCGAAGAAAAUGUAUUAUAGCAAUCAUAGCGGCCAUCGUAGUGAUGAUAAUAAUUGGUAUAAUUAUCUGGCAGUCACGUUAAAAAUUCCAGCAUCCUUUUUAAUUUGAAUCCUUCCUCUAUAUUUCAUUUCCCUGAUUAAUACUAACAAUCACAUACAUUAUGAGCAGUGGCUACACUCAUUCCAAUAAUGCUAUAUUCUUCUUUCCCUCCUCCCCCUCAGUCAUUCAUCAGACAUCAGCUCAUCUGUAAUCCCGGAUAAAUGUAUUAUAAAAUCUGAUAAGAAAUGGGCGAGAAAAGCUAUUGAUGUUAUUUUCGUGAAGUUCCUUCAUAUGUAUUAUUCCUCGUAGAGUCCCCCUAACGAAUCAUUAUUUGGAUGUGUGGAUUUAGAAAAACCGUUGCGUUUAAACAUAACGUAUAGCACCAGCCCGAAAUACACAGACCCAUACGUUUAACCCCGUUAAA